CGCUCGCUUACCUAGGCGCAUGCUCAGUAGGAGCUCGGUGCCGGCUGUGGGUGAGCGCGUUUCCGGUCUGUGCCCGGAAUGUCCGACCAGGGCCCGGCCGGUGGCGGGGCGGAUUCGGGGCUGGAUGCGGCUCUGGGCAAAGUGCGGUCCCGGCGGAAGCUGCCGACGGCGGAGGAGGCGGAGCUGUUCGAGCUGGCGCAGGCGGCCGGGAUCGGCCUCGACCCGGAAGUGUUCAGGCUGCUGCUGGACCUGCUGCGGAUGAACGUGGCGCCCCUGGCCGUGUUCCAGAUGCUGAAGUCCUUGUGCGCCGGGCAGAGACCGGCCCCCAGCGGCCCCGCCGAGACCGGCCCCGAGACCAGAGAGGUCUCAUUUCUCUCUGCCAAGAACAGUAAAAUCCCUGCACCACUCUCCUUUUCCUCUGCCCUUCGAUCUCCAAGACUAACAGCCCCUAAGAUUGUGGUCUACAGUCCUGCUGAUGCUUGCUCGCCUCUCUCUCAAGGUCCCCCUCGUUCCUUCCAGUUUUCUUGCUGCCUGUUCUCUCCUUUUACAGGGAGAAAUAAAACCAAUCCUUCAGUCAGCGGGACCCAAGGUCUGGCAGAACGUUGCAGCCGGGAAGGAUCUGUCCAAAGAAUGCCCCGGCAGCCAAGCACUAGCAGGCUCCAGAAGACUGGAACGUCUGGAAAAAGCAGUGGAGGCAGCAGUACAUAGAGACUCAGAAUAGAGUGCUGAUGACCUUUGUAAAUUCUCCAUUAAAAUAAGUGCAAUGUAGCACAACAUGUAAAAAUGCAAAUGAUCCAAGAUUGUGAACCUGCUCCAGUAUUUUGUAUUUAUGAAUGCUAUAGAAUAUCACAGGUGAUGUAUACAAAGGGUCAGUUACUGUUUUCCUUUCCUAAAUUUCUUUUGAAUACAGCUGUUAAUAAAGAAUAUGAAUUUUUCGGGAA